AUUAUGGGGAAAGUCGUUGCCAUUCGACCUCUGCAGGGCCUGCGCGGACGCAGCUAGAACCCUGAAAUUCAUUAUGCGUUUAAAAGCUUUAUUUAUUUCCGCAUAACCUACAUACUCUCACCAGGAGGCCAAAGCGCAAAAACGACAACCAGACAUUUCAUUUUGACCCGUAACAUAGAAUCGUUAAAUAAAUCGAAAUUAGUAGGUAGGAAUAUUAGUAAGGAAGUGGUAGAUUAUAUAUAUAUAUAUAUAUAAAGAAAAAUGUCCGGAGAUAGAAGCCGCAGGUCGCUUGCGUUCCGAGGAGGUGGAUUAGCCGUAACCGGCUCCAGUGGUGUCGGUGGUGGCAACAGUAACAGCUGUGAGGCCCAGGCCUGUCAAGACCGACAUUUGAACGGGAACAGGCCAGAUCAAGAGGAGGAGAGAGACCUAGGAGCAAAAAGACCAUCGCAAGGGAGAAUGGAAGGUGGGGGGUCUAUCAGCGAUAGCACAGAACCAGAGGCUGAGGAGGAAGAGGACCCGGAAGGGGGCAAUUGGGCAGCGGGGAACGGAGAGAAUCGUGUGGGUUGUGUGGCAGUAACUGUCGGAAAAGACGAGUCCAGGGAAAGGAGUAGCUGGACAGCAGGUAACGGCCUGAACAGCGAAGACGGCACUGGCUUGGGCAGUGGUGGCACGGGAUCUGAGGACGACCGAAGCAAAGCGGGGAGCGGGGGAGACGGGGAGCAGGAAACGGGUGCUGCCAGGAAAUCUUGGGUAGAAAUGAAACCGCAGACGCUGCUCCAGAAACAUUCGUUAUUCCAAGCUUCAUGGCUACAAGAGUUUCCAUGGCUAAACUUUUCCCAAGAGACGGGACUUAUGUCUUGCUCCUGGUGUCAUAACAUUGCCACUAAAAACAACGACGAACUGGUCAGAGGCAGUCGAAAUUACAAGAGGGCCUUGCUUCUGAGACAUCACCUGUCUUCGGAGCACGGGAGAAAUGACCCGACCAAGCAGGAGCUGGAGCGGCCAGGUUGUGAAGACUCCCCUCAGGGGACCGACAUGGAGACUGAGGAUUACUACAGGAGCAACAAGCCCAACCAGGACUCCUACUGCUACCAGCUGCUACAGGAGCUCAACAGGCAGCGCAAGGGAGGUGUGCUCUGUGACGUCAACAUUGUGGUGAGCGGGGAGGUGUUCAGAGCGCACAAGAACAUCCUCGUAGCCGGGAGCCGCUACUUCAAGACCCUCUACUGCCUGACCAAGAGCGAGAACUACUCGUCCUCCUCAUCCUCGUCGUGUGACCAGACGCCGGCGGUCACCGUGACCCACCUGGACGUGGCGGCCGUGGCGGGGUUCUCCGUCAUCCUGGACUUCCUGUACAGCGGCAACCUCCUGCUCAACAGUCAGAAUGCCAUCGAGGUGAUGUCCGUGGCCUCCUACCUCCAGAUGACCGAGGUGGUGGGGUCUUGUCGGGCGUUCAUCAAGGACGCCCUCAACAUCAGCAUCAAGCAGGAGGCCCCGGACUCCGUGGUCGUGGACUACAACAAGAGGAGGACGGUUGCCAAAGAUGGACGCGGAGAGGCGGGCCCUGACGGUAGUACCAACAAGAAGUCCGGGAGUAACUUCUGGGCUACCAGCAUCCUGUCCAAGCUGUCCAUAAAAGCCAGUGGUCACGUGAAGGACGGGGACCAGGCGGGGACGGGCAGCGUGAAGGAGGAGCCCAGUGACGUGGAGGUGUCUGCUGGGGAGGGCUGUGCCCUGGGGAGCUCUGGCUGGGGCUGUGAGAACUCGUCCGAGUCGGCUGAGAACGAGCCUCCCAUCGCCCCGGGACCGGUGUUCGUCUGGAACGAGCCGGCGCCCGGGGCGGCAGCUGGCGCAGCGGUGGCGGUGAAGAGGGAGGCUCAGCGGGCCGAGCCGGGGAGCGGGCGCAGGAAAAAGCAGACCACCAGGCGGUUCGUCUACAACAUCCCGCCAGAGCCUGAGGAAGGGUUUGACCAGGGGAUGUUCCUCCAGCCGUCAGCGUCCUAUCCCAGGGAUGACUUCUCCUUCCUGUCAGAGAACGCAGAGCUGGCCAACCAGAUCCAGUACAGUCUUCUACAAGACUCCCAGCAAGGAGAGUCUUGGGAGAACGGCGAGUCGUCCGACACAGCCCUGAAUAAGCUCAAGUGUCCCCACUGCAACUACAUAGCCAAGCAUCGGAGAACACUAAAGAGGCACCUCAUUAUCCACUCUGGCGUGCGCUCCUUCAGCUGUGACAUCUGCGGCAAGCUGUUCACCCGCAGAGAACACGUUAAGAGACAUUCCCUGGUGCACAAGAAGGACAAAAAGUACAAAUGCAUGGUGUGUAAGAAGAUCUUCAUGCUGGCGGCCAGCGUGGGGAUCCGGCACGGCUCACGGCGCUACGGUGUGUGUGUGGAUUGUGCUGACUCCCACCAGGCCACGCAGGGCCUGGAGUCCCUGGAGGGUUUUGUCCGUGAAGAUGAUGACUUUGAGGGGGAGGAGCCUGACGAGGACAUGGCUGAGGAGGGGGAGGAGCCUAACGAUAAUGACCAAUCCAACUGGGAGGAGGGCGACACAGGUGUCGCUCCCGAGGACGACUAGCUCAGAUCGAAUCAAAUGAAAAAAUUAACGAUUUAUAAAUAAAAAAAGCUGGUAAACAAUCAACAACUCCAAAGUGCUAUCAAACCUUGAGGUUAGUUACAAUGGUUUUAGUGUAUGAGACACAGAAAGAAGCUUUGGUAGAGGGACUAAGAUAUGUGCUUUGUGUCAGACUCUGGGUCUACUGCUCAUUAGAGAAAGAGAUAACAAAUUUAAUAUUAAAAUCAGGUUUAUGGUGAUGUAUUUUUAUUUUAUUUUGGGGUGGGGGGAUGGGGGUGGUGUACAUUGUUGUUUAAGUUACGAUAGGCCAAUCAUCUUAAAAUUGUUUAAUUAUUUAAUUUAUGAAAGAGAAGUUAUGAGCUUAUUAAUGAUAUAAUUUUUUCUGUUGUUUUGUUGUAAAUUGCUAUCAGAGAAGUUCACUUUUGCAUUUUGACCCUAUUUUCUGUCAGAUUUGAAAGUGUGCAGGUAGGUGCGACUUUGAGAAGAAAGUAUGUUUAAAAAAAUUGAAAUGCAUUAUUUGCAGACAGGAAGAUUUUAUGUUUAGAUGGCCUGAAAAUUAUUAUAAUUUUUUUUUAUUAUUAUCUUUUCCCUGCACAAAUCUUGGAACCAAAAAAUCUGUUUUGUGACUCUAAUUUAUCACAGCCAUAUUUAUGUGUUUAAUUUAAGUGGGCUGUGCUGUUGUGCCAAGCAGAACGCACACCAAGAUUUUGCAGGAAACAAAAAACUACUGAAAAAUGCUGAAAAAAGUAAAGCUGAGAAAAAGACAAAAAAAAAAUUAGAAAAAUAGAAGCGAAAGUAUAAGGGGAAAUGUUAUUUGCUAGCUUUAUACGAAUCACAGCACCACACAGUAACACUUUAUAAAGCAUUUUGACAUUCACUUAAAGCUUGAAUUUUGCCAAAUGACGGAAACGUUUGGUGCUGUAAUGCUUAUGUCGCGAAAUACUGGACCUACAGCUGUAUAUGAUGUUUAUAAUCAUAAAGCUUAAACUGACUCAGUUAUAUAUAUAUAUAAAUAUAUAUAUAUAUAUAUAUAUAAUAUUAAUCAGCUAUCUAUAGAACACUGUUGUGCUACGGCGCCUAUCAGGUAUGCUUUGCCAUUGUCUUUUUUUAUUUAAUGCACACACACUCACAUACCAUUUUGUAGAACUACCGGCAGUACUUGUAAAAAUGACUUAAGGACCUAAGUUGAGAAGCUACCUUUAUAUACAGUAUGUGGUUUAUAUUAGGUACUGAUUAUAUAUAGCUAUAUACUUUCAAUCACUUGAACGUUGGGUGUAAGAGGGUGUUUUAAGAGUGCAGAUGGAUCAUAAUAUGUGAUGUAAGUCCAAACGAUAAACUCCAUUUUAAAAUGUUAUUACAUUUUUACAAUCAGUUUUUUUUUAUUUAAUUUGAUAUAAUUCUUUUUAUUUUUGUCUGCCAGGUAGGAACACUUUGUUCAAUAUAAAGUGAAGCUCUGUGGCGCAUCAUAGACAUGCACUUACUUUUUUUGCAUUAAUGAAAAUCAUUUAUUUUCAAUGUCUUUUCUUGCUUCCCCAAAGCGGGUCUGAAUGGAACUAUAUGAAAACUGUCUUUUCUCUUCCAUGCGGAAACCUUUUUUUUUUUUUUACGAUUUGUUAUUUAAUAAUAUUAUAUUGACUCAAAUGCAAUCAAGACUGUUAAUUUCUGUCUAUUUGUCCAACCAAAUUGUUGUUAAUGAAUUCUUGUUGAGAUAAUGAGAAAGCCAGGUAAACGCUGUAGUGUGUAGAUCCUUGCUUGUGUAUGUAAUUGUCAGAUUUAAAUGUUUUUAUUCACACACAAAAAUAAUCAUUCACUUUACCCUAGAUGCAUAUAUUGUUUUAUUUGUCCUUUAUAAAGAUGUAUUUACGUUUCCUUUUUUAUUUUAUUUCAUUAAGCACAUAUUUGAUAAAUGUAUGUUGUUUGCAGGUUAAAACCUAGGAGCAGCAGUAUCUGUUCAUAUGCAGUGGAUAUAUUGAAGUGCUAUAAUGAUACAGAGAAGUUUUAUCUCCCAUAACUCGAAAUGCAAAUGUAUUUUAAAGAAAGCUCCUAGAAUGAUCCUCAUCCAUGUUCGUAAAAUAUAAUUUACCUUCAAAUCACUGUGGGAAGGAUUAUAUAUAUAUAUGAGAAUAUAUGAGAAAAUAUAUAUAUAUAUAUGAAAAAAAUAUAUUAUUUAAGUAGUUGAUUUUACUUAAUAGAACACAGUCAGCUGCAGUUAGCUUGUUCAAAACCUUGGCCUGGCUUUGUGUCAUGUCCUACUUUGUUUGCGUUCAGACAAGCACCAAAAGAAAGUUAAACAGGGAGGUGCUACGCUUUCUGUACUUGUCCAAUAAAAUAAGAAUGUGUUUUUUUUCCCAUUGCUUAAUGUAUUGCUACGGUGUGCCCUAAUGAACAUUACCCUAACCUUCCACUCUAUUUGUUCACACCUGUGCUCGUCCAUCAAACCAAACCCUGUUUCUUGUUUUUAUACCAUAAUUUGACUCAUUUACUGUACAGCAGAUAAACUCAAGAUGAUGUAUUGCUUUAGAUUUGUUUAUGCUGUAGUUUAAUGGACAAAACAAACAAAACACUACUAGAGAAACAGGUUUUUUUCUGGCUGUAUUUUUUUUAAAGCUCUUUUCAAAGGUGUAUUUUUCAACUCUUUUCAAACUACAGUGAUGCAAAACCAAUGGGUCUUUCUAGGCUCUACCCCCAACAUUAAACAAGUCAGGUUACUCUUUUUACGUUUUUCAAGGUUUUCAAAAUGAAUACAUUCUCCUUUUUUCUGUUCCAAUUGUACUACUACUGUUCCUCUAUAAUACAUUUUCGAAAUAAAACUUUGAUAUUACUUAAACUUGA